AUAAUCAACCAAUAUUAGGGUUCGAUUUCGGGUUCAAGAAAGAUUUAAUCAACCAUAGGAUCGAUUGAAAGAUGGUGUCUACAUCGCUCCCCUUGGAAAUUCAUUUUUUUCCACCAUCUCUAUAUCCACCGUUGGGUGUGGUUCAUUUGGCGGUGACGAUAAGCAAGAUGGUCGGAGGAACAAAAGCCUCAAGAGGCAAGCUAUAUCAAGAUUCAAGAGAUGAAGUGGCGAAAAAAGAGUCCAAGAUGAAUAUCCAGGUAGGUGGUUGUGGUUAUCAAUGUUAAUGUCGUGGUGGUGAAGAUUGAUGAUUGGAUCAAGAACAACUCUAAAUCUCUAAUUUUGGUUUUGGUUUGUUUUACUAUCUGGUCUGGACAAUAAGGAAUUAUUAUUUUUAGUUCAAGGGUUUAAUUAUGAUUCUUGAACGACAGUGGCAAAAUGGUUAUUUUUUAAAAGUUAACAGAUAAGAUGUGAAAGUCGACCAUCCAAG